GGGCUGCGAGGCAGAGCAGGAGGCAGCGGGCUCCGGGCAAAAGCGAUCCGCAAAAGCCGGGGGAUCGCAGGGGAGAGGAGAGCAGCAGGAGGAGGAGAGGAGGAGGAGGAGAAGAGGAGGAGGAGGAGGAGGAAGUCGGGGCUGAGCCGCUUCCUGUAGGCAGCGGGAUGAGCGCAGACAAAGCUGGGUGGGGACUCGCCGCUCGGGGCUGCUGCUGACCACCCUCCUCCUCCUCCUGCGGCCGCAUCCCUCCGGCCCUCCCUCCUCCAUCCCUUCCUCCAUCCUUCCCUCCAUCCAUCCAUCCCAGCGUCCGUCCGUCUGUCCGUCCCGCCGCCCGCCCGCCCCGCGGGGACCGGGGCACCGCCGCCCGCUUCCAGGCAGUGAAGGGCCAAGAGGAGCAGAGCUUCCCUUAGAGGCACAAAUCCCCAGAGAGAUCGGCUUCUGCGCGCCCCGGGAGCGCCCCUGGCCUGCCCAUGGCUAGCAACAACACUGCUAGCAUCGCCCAGGCCCGCAAGCUGGUGGAGCAGCUGAAGAUGGAGGCCAACAUUGACAGGAUAAAGGUGUCCAAGGCAGCAGCAGACCUGAUGGCGUACUGCGAAGCCCACGCCAAGGAGGACCCGCUAUUGACCCCCGUCCCGGCCUCAGAAAACCCCUUCAGAGAGAAGAAGUUCUUCUGUGUGAUCCUGUAAACCCUGGAGGAGCCUGACGGGCACUCAGGCCACCCUGAACACUGGUGUAGAGUUUUUAGCAAUGGGGACGACCUGCUGGUCCGCAGCAUUUAAACAAAAAUAAGUAAAAAACACGGCCUGGAAGCUACAGAGAUGUGCAUGUUUAAAGAACCUGGCCACCUUUGGGGGAAUCUGAUGAUCUGCAUUGCGAGGCAAAAGAUCUGAAGUCUGUAGAGUUGCCUAGAAAGAGAAAAACAAAACAAACAAAAAAAAUCCCAUGUAAAGAAUAAAUCUGUGUCACUUUUCCGCUCCCAAAAUCGUUUGAUCGUUCCGUAUUCAAAGCACCAGAGCUGUGCCGAGCAAAGUUAACUGCUAAGGAUGUGUAUAACCUUCUUGGAAUGGUAUUGUUGGUUUCUUUCCAAGCUAAUAUUUUUUGAUUUGUCAGAUAUAUAGCGACAGGUCAGGUGGCUGUGCCGUUACUCAGUGUUUGGUCUUGUGCUUUUUUCAUUUCUGGCUGUAGCGUAGCAGGAGGGGCUGGAGGGGACACGGGCAGCUCCGUGUGCCCAGCAAACCCCACUUUUUACCCAUUCUCUCUAUGGUUAGCUUUGGUUCUGCGAGUAGAAGUGAUUCCUGUGUCGUGCUUGGUGCCCCAUAGCCCUGUGAUGACAUUCAGUGGUAGUGCAUGAGAGUUGAAUUCCGUCCAUCCGCUCCACACUUUUUUUUCCAGCGUUUGGCACCACGUGCUGGUGGAGGAAGCCGUAGGGAGGGAACAGAGGCGAUUCUGAAAGCAAAGAGAGCUCCUGAGAUGCCUUAGACGUGCCUGAAAUACCUCCUGCCGUAGGGCAGGGGCCAGCCCGGCUGCAGGGCGAGCCAGAAAUCCGAAAAUCAAAGUCGAAAAUCAAACUCGACCGCUUCUCUCCGGGUCUUUCCUUCCUCCUACACCUCUGUGCCUCUGCCCUCCUCGCUUGGCCCUGCUCUUCCCCCGGGUCCUGGUGGCUCUUCCCUCCCUCGGGGCUGGUCUGGAAUGUUGCUGGGAUGUUGUUCCGUGCUGGGAUGCUGCCUCAGGGUGGGAUACAGCCCCGUGGUGGGAUGCUGCUCCAAAAUGGGAUGCUGCUCCUCCAUGGAAUGUUGCUCCACGUGGGAUGCUGCUCCACCAUGGAAUGCUAAUCCACCAUGGAAUGCUGCUCCAUGGUGGGAUGCUGCUCCAUGGUGGGAUUCAGCUCUAUGGUGGGAUGCUGCUCCUCCAUGGAAUGCUGCUUUUCCAUGGAAUGCUGCUCCAUGACGGGAUACAGCUCCAUGGUGGGAUUAUGCUCCAUGGUGGGAUGCUGCUCCUCCAUGG